CGCAAACGGAUGUUGGAUAAGAAUCAUCACCAUUAAGAAUCAACACCCAUUAACUUCAAAUCGUAUCACAACCGAAAACUGUUAGACCACUCGGUAAGUGAAUCUAUUGUUCGAGGAACAUCGAACCAUGAAUGUGUUGUGUUCUUUGCUGCCUCUGCUCGUCAUGAGCUUCACUUGGCUGCCGAUGGAGACAAAAGCUGGCAAUAUACUAUGUCUCGUGGGCACUGCCCGCCACAACAAUCCGGGAUGGAUGCAGCCCCUCUUCGAGACCUUGGCCGAACGCGGACACAGUCUCACCGUUCUGAGCACUGCUCCAGUUCCAAAAAAAAAUAUAGAAGGUAUCACUGUCUUCUCGCUGCCCAACAAUUACGAUGUGAUGCAGAAGUACUUCGUGAGCCGCACGGCCUCGUAUAGCUCGGUUUUUACUGCGAAGCAGCUUAUGGUGCUGCACGAGGUUCCUUUGGGCAGCUGCCGAGCAGUGAUGGAGUCCCCGGUGCUGGCAAAGUUGCGGGCCCAGCUGAUCGACGAGGUAGCCGACGUGGACCUGAUCAUCUCCGAUGCCACCAAUACCAUGGAGUGUCUGCUACCUCUGGUGCCCAAGCACCGUUCAAUCCCCAUACUGGGGGUGAGUGGCGGCAAGCUCACAUCGGAACUAUUGACGCUGGUCCGCGCCGAGGACACCAUCAAUGUGGCAAAGAUUCCACACCCUAUAAGCCAGCUGCCCGAAGACAUGGAUUUUAUGGGGCGCAUCCAAAACAGCGCCUUGUAUCUGGCGGAGAAAUUAAUUCGUUGGACCGAUAUUUAUCCCAUUACCAGGGGCGCCUUAGUCCGCAAAAACCAUGUUUAUCCACCCCUAAAGCUGGUGCUACUCAAUACCCACUCGACCCUGGAUUACGCCCAGAAUCUGCCAGCCAGCGUGAUUGAAGUGGGAGGACUCCACAUUUGGACCAAGUCGAGGCCCCUACCGCCGAAUAUUCAGAAGUUCGUGGAUAAAUUCAUCGAUGGCAUUAUCUACAUCAAUUUUCCGCACAUUGAUCUGUUCUUCGGGAUCGGGACUAAGGCUGUGUUGCUCAUGGCCCAGCGCUAUGUAACCUACGGCUUCAUCUGGAAUGUGGAGAAUGUGAAGGAGCUGCCGGAAGAGAUGGACAAUAUUUUGACCCUUCAUGUGGAUGCAAGACUGCAGCAGGACAUCCUAGCCCAAUCGAGGGUGAAGUGCUUCCUCAAUCAUGGCGACAGCUUCAGCCUCCAAGAGGCCGUCCACUAUGCUGUUCCCGUCCUGGUUAUACCCCUGAUACUUGAACAGUUCAAUAAUGCUCAGCGCAUCAAGGAACGCAAUCUGGGAGUCGUGCUCCCGACCAACACUUUCUUUGAGAUGACCAUGGCCAGAACCCUCAAGCAGGUCCUCCAGAAUAAGGCGAUCACCAAUGCUGUCUCCAAGGCUCAAGUCAAGUUCCGCACACGUCCCAUGCCACCGAUAAGGACGGCCGUGUGGUACGUGGAGCAUCUGAUCACCGAACCCGAACUCUACAGCCACCUCGCCAAGCCAUCCGUCAACUUUAUUGUGUCCCACUCGCUGGACACUUUGGCCAUUCCAGCUGUAGCCCUCCUGGUAUUCUUGUGCAAUAUGAUCCUCUUAGUGCUUCAGUUAAUGAAAUCCGAGGACAUACAGAGCAGGAUAUUUGUCGACGAUGACGGCAAUGUGGGGGUUUGGGAGACUUUGGAAGAAUAUGAAAUUCGCACUGGUAUAGUAAAGGGAAAACAGAUUCCCCCUCUAAACAAGAAUAUUAUGGGGCGCCAUCCAUGCAAGAAUCUUCCGGACAAAGCAAAAAUGAGCAUUAAUUGAUCUUAAACUACUGUAUUCCCCAAGAAAAGCUGUCUAAUAAAUAAUCAAUCGAUAUCUGAAGAUAA